GUCUCGCAUACAUUACAAAAUGGCGACGUGACGGAACGCGAAAUGCAAGCAAAGCUAAGCUCUCUAAAAAAUUGAAAAUAUCAAGUUCGAAAGGUUUAAAAUGGGCACAUAACUAAAAUCGGCAACAAAACCAUCAACAACGGUAACAAAAAGUAUUGUUAAAGAGUUAAGCACAUAAGAGGAAGAAGAAUAACUACAAUAACAGCACGCAAAUUGAAGUAACAAUUUGAAAGCGCAGUGAAACGAAGAAUUGGUUGAAGUGCUCCCACAAAAGUGUGAGAGAGGGAGAGAGAGAGAGAGACAGCUACCAACAUGCAACUCGUCAAUCGCUCUCUGUCUAUCCGCUGGGUCCUGGGUAUAUACCUGAUGGUGCUGGUAUGUUGGGAUCCACGAUCAACGCAGGCACGUUUUAUUGCCAAAAGAGAAACGCCGAAUGGGGAAAUGGGUGUGGCAGCCGCGACAAGUGACCCUGACAUUGUUAAGCCGCAAAACGAAAGUGACAACGAAUUGCAAACAACGAUUGUUCAACAAGAGCGGCUAAAACCUGGAUCACAAGACGAAACAUCGACAACAUCGCCUACAACAUCAGGAAUAAGUUUCACAUUAGCAUCCACAAAUGAAAUGCAAUCCACGGUCAAUAGCUUUCGGACCACAGAUGAGACAGCAACAACGCCAUCUAAAGUUGAACUUACGGAACAACCAAUGCUUAAAGAGGAUCAUAAGUUCACAACAACAACGAAACCUGAGCAGCAGUUAAUAUCACAAGUGGAAGUCACAACAGAAGCUACUACAACAUCCAGUAUCAACAGCGAACCAACAACAACAACAGUAACAACGACAACAACGACCAUAGCAUCAACAUCGGACCUUCGAUCCACACCACGUGAAGAAGAUCGGGCGCGUUCCAUGCAAUUUCCAAGCAGCACUGAAAGAGUCUCUUUCGUUUCUGUCGUGACUCCCAUGAAACUUCGCCCAAUUCCAAUGGCGACGACAACAACAACAACGCAUAUGCCUCAGCUGCUGGCACCACUAUUGCAUGCUGGAGUCACGGUCACGCCGAGUGCUUCAGAUGAAAACGCCAUCGACGGGCAGGAGGGAAUGCAAAAGGUUCAUCUGCAACCUGAGAAGCGUGCGAAAUUCAUCGCUGAUAAUUCGACAAAUGCUCAACAGCUGACGCUGCCGAAUGUGGCCGAAGUCUGGAGUUUGGCAGCCUUGAAAAUGGUGCCAACACCGUCAACCACAACAACAGCUACCACAACAACAACAACAACAAAUUCACCAGUGGCUGGAAAGGGAGUGGAGCUCUCAAACGAUAUUGAGGAAAGAAACCAAACAAUGCAACAGCACAAAGAAAAGAACAUUCUCGACUGGCAGCAGAUCAUGAUGAUGCCCUUAGGGCAAGAGAAUCACACAGAGCCUAUCAUGAUGAGCACCUCAUUGGAUGCCACAGAGGCUGCAACGCAAUCCUCAACAUUGAAGCUAGACAUCACGUUGAAUCAGGGCGAAGUAUUUCCAGCUGUCAGCAAAUCUGUGACUGAGGGAACCAUUAAUAAAACAGAAUCCAAAGAGGCUCAGCUAAAUGAAUGGUUACCAAUUACAACUACAGAGCCAUCAAUUAACGAGGCGUCAACAAAUCCUCCAAAGCUGCCUUUACAAGAAGCAGAGGACGACUUUACAUCAACAUCAACAACAACUUUUGUACCUGUAAAGUCAGAGUUAACAGAGAAUUCAACACUCAACUUAACAUUAGUUGAGAGCACUGUAACACAGCUUAGCAUAAUAGAAAAUUAUACAACAGAGUCUGUUGUAACUGAGUCUAUAACAGCAGCGGCUGCAGCAACAUUGCCUGUUAGCUUGACAACAGCUGAGCGAGCGACAACAACAACAACCACAACAACGACCAUGCGAAGUGCGUUGAACGCCACCCCCAGUCCCCAUCCCAAUACGAAUGAAACGGCAAUGAAUUCCACACUACAUGAAAAUAAUGAAAACGGUGAUAAAGCAAACGACGUUGACGUCGGCGUCGAGAGCGACACCAAGACUGAAAGCGACGACGUCAUCGACGUCUCUGUCUCUGUCUCGGUUUCAACUACCGAAACCACUCCGACGGCAACUGAGCGGCAAACAAUAACAGUUAGUACCCGAACAGCUGUCGAGGAGAGCACAGCCACAGCUCCGACGAUUCAAACGGUAACGGUAACGCCAACACCAACGCCAAUUUCAACGUCGACGUCAACGGUGACGCCGACGCCGCAAACAUUGCACGCAAAUGUUGAUGAACAAAUAGCAACAGCAAGUACAACGACAACGCCAACACCUACACCAACGGAAAUUGUCCAAAUUAGCAAUGAAGUGAAUUUAGAAACAAUUACAGUGAAACAAGUGACAACCGACGAUAUCAAUAGCAAUAGCAACAGCAAAAAAUUAUUAAUAACAACAGGCAGCACUGCGAAACCUAUUAACAGCACUGUGAACACCGAGCCACUGCAAGUCGAUAAUAACAGUACUACAACAGUGACACCGCCUUCGCUGUUGACUGACGAAAAUGCCAACAGUAAACUAAACGAACAUGAAACUUCGCUGGAAACGAAUAACAUAAGUGAAACAGCUGGAAUAAUAAUCACAACAACAACAACAACAGCAGCACCUGUGCCAAGCACAAGAACAAUAACUGAAGCAACAGCUGCAGUUAACAGACUGGAUGUAAGCAAAGCAAUAACAACAACAACAACUGCAACUGUAGUGACAGCUGCAAAGGGUGAGUCGGUGUUUAAUGAAGACGAAGUAGAUGACCAGCAGCAGAAUAAUCAUGAUCACGGCACAGAGGAGUCAUUGUUAAAAGAAAAGAACAUGGCGAAUAUAACAACAAUAACAACCAACACAACAUCAAUAACGACAACAACAGAAACAGCAACUACAACAACAGCGGCUAGAACGACAGUAAAAACAACAACUACCGAGGAACCAAUUAUUAAUUUGCUGGAUGAUAGCACCAGUAGCACCUCUAGCAACCCCACUACCACUACAACUUCUACAACAACAUCUCCACCCAGACCAAAAACUACAACAACAGCUGAGCCGAUAUACAGCUCCACUUACUCUACGAACAACUUCAACAACAUGCUGCCGGUGGAAACUACGACACGUGCAAUCGAUUUACCCACCACAAUGCUGAUCCCCUCGCGUCCCACCGAACUGGAUCUAAUGCACCAACCGCCUCCAAGCAGCAAUUCGGGUACAGAUGUCAAUGUGAUCAUUGCCAUCACGGUCAGUGUGAUUGGUGUCGCGGCUCUGAUUCUACUGGUUGCGUUCCUCUAUUUGAUGCGAAAGCGACAGAAGCAGAUGUCGUAUGGGCAACGCUGUCGUCCCGUCAGCUUGGAUGCCUACUCCCUGGACAAUGUGUCCGUUCUGGGCAGCGUCAGGCGAAAAGGUCGAGAUUUUCGCGUCUCGAAACGCACAUAUGGUAAUGCCGCCUUCGAUGAUCCGUCGCUGCGUCACAAUAUGCUCAAUGCUACGGAGCUGGGCAAGUUUUUGGAGCGCAGAUCGAGUAUCUUCGAGGAGUUCAGAGAUGUACCGCAAAUAAUUGCGCGAGCCGAUGAAGUGCCUGCCGGAUGUGAGGAUAAAAAUCGAUACGCUAACGUAAUUCCGCUUCCUGAGACGCGGGUGGUACUUCAAAGACAGGGCGAUGAUGACAAAACGGAAUACAUUAAUGCCAAUUAUGUGCGGGGACCAAGAGACGCACCAAAUUAUUAUAUCGCUUGUCAGGCACCUUUGGAGAGUACAACUGGAGACUUUUGGCGCAUGAUCUGGGAGCAACAAUCACGAGUGAUUGUACAGGCAACCGAUCUGAAUGAGAAUGGCAUUGAACGAUGCGCGGAAUACCUGCCGCCGUCAGUGACCCUGGAUAAUCACAGUAGUUAUGGCGAUUAUCAAGUAACACUGAAGCAUCGUGAGGUCAAGGAUAAAUACGCGAUUUCCACAUUGAUGCUCAAGCAUGUUGAUGAAGAAGAGUGUCGCGAAUUGACGCAUUAUUGGUAUAAAUGGCCGGAGGCUGGAGUGCCCCUAGAAGAGGCGCCCAUUAUAGCGAUGUUACUGGAGGCGAGAUCUUCCCUCAAAUCCUAUGCUCUGGAGCAGGCCAAUGAACUGAAAGAGAAAUCCUCAACUUUGAAAUCCAUGGACAACGCUCUCAACAAUAGCGCGGACGUGGAUACAAAGAAGGCAGAAGAAGUGGGCAGCGCUUCGAGCGGGCCCAGCAAUGAAAUUAAUGGCAAUGUGACCAAUAAGCAGCCUCGCAGUCAGCAGGGACCGCUAACCAUUCACUGUUCCCCAGGCACGGGUCGAACUGGCACUAUCAUUGCCUGUGACAUGGCCAUACGCAGUCUGGAAACACCUAAACGUUUCGUGGACAUUCCGCAGUUGGUUUACUAUGUGCGUCGUGGACGUGCCAGCUCCGUACAGACCAAGGAGCAAUACGAAUUUAUCUACAAGGUGGCCAAUAUGUAUGCGACCAAAAUCACAAAUCUAUCAAAUGAUAACUGAGAUUGUGUGCAGUCGAAACAUGUUUAACCAAGUCCUUAUAUAAACGCUGUAUACAUUUAGUCAUAGGUUAUAUACAAUUUAUAUCUUUAUAUCUAUUAUACAUAUAUUAUACAAACAUAAAUUAAUUAAUUAAUGUUACUAUUCUAAGAGUGAUAGCGUGUAAGAUAUGUAUUUAUCGAUUGUUCGCAUACGUUAUUUUCGAUUGCUGGAAUUUUAAUUUAAAAUAUAUGUAUUCCUUUAUUAUUGUGAUAUAUUCGUACAUUUGUAAAUCUCGUAAUUAUCUGUUGCAUAUUUAUAAUUAGGCUUUGUUUUUGCAAGUAAAUACCUGUAAAAUGUGUACAUUUUAUUGUAUUUUAAUUGUAAAUCGUUAUCAAAUUUCUGUAUUUUAAUAAAA